AUGAAAAAGGUUCUAAUAAUCCUCAGCUUAAUGAUUCUUCUUGUCACACCGCUUUAUGGAUACGAAGAUGAGAUGGAUGAAGAAAAUGAUGGAAGUGAUGAGGAUAUGAGUGAUGAAGAGGAGGAUAUUGAUGAAGAAGGACAUGAAAUAGAUGAAAAUGGAGGAGGUGGAGAGGAGGGAUAUAUUACCAAAGCAGAAUUUGUUGAAACUGAUGGCAAGAAGAAACAUUGUGAUUCACAUGAAGCUUGCUAUGAUCAACGUGAACCACAAUCUUGGUGUAUAAUGAAAGAUGGUCAAUCGUGGACAGACAAAGGUUGUUUCUGCGAGGAAAAGAUGCAUUCGUGCAUUAUCGAGCGGAAAAAUGGUCAAAAGUUGGAAUAUGCAUAUUGUGCGCCUCAGGCAAAUUGGCAAUGUUCAUACGAUUAA